CCUGACUCCCAUUAUCCUCUUCCAGGAUAAAAGCAUGAGGAGCAGCCUGCGGAGCGCGGCGGAUUUGGACUGUCGCACGUUCUCCUCCAGCAGGAGCUCCAUACAGUAGACUGCCGAUCUCCUGCCAGAGAAACGGGACCAGGGACAGGGAAGGCAACGGAAUAGAAGAAGACAGAGGGAAAUCAAGCGCUGCGUCCUUGCAUUAUGUUGGGUAGAAAGAAAGCAGUGGGGAAGAACGGAGCCGGGACGUCCAAGGCCAUCGAUCCUCUGAGGAAUCUUGGAGUUCAGGAUGAUGAAGAUGUGAAGCAGAUGUUACAUGGCUCCAGUAUGGUGAAGGUUCGGUCACCUCGCUGGCAGAAGCGACGAACUCUGAAACUGCUGGAAGAUGGCGUCACUGUCUGGUGUCAGUCCCACAAAACCUCAAGUCGUGCCAAGGAGCAACAGUCCUUCUCUGUCAUGGAGGUGGAGUGCAUUCGGGAGGGUUGCCAAUCGGAGACUUUGCGGCAGUUGAUUGGCUCAGUACCUGAGGGCCGGUGUUUGACUGUGGUCUUUAAAGGGCCCCGGAAGAGCCUUGAUCUCCUCUGCCAGAGCCAGGAGGAGGCUCAACACUGGGCCCGCGGCAUCCGAACGCUAAAAGAGAGAGUGGAAACCAUGACCCAGAAGGAAAAACUUGACCACUGGAUUCAUGCUUACCUGAGUCGGGCUGACCAGAACCAUGAUGAUAAGAUGAGCUAUGAAGAAGUCCAGACACUGCUGCAGAUGAUCAAUAUUGAUUUGAGUGACCAAUAUGCCCGAAGCCUCUUCCAGAAAUGUGACCAGUCAGCAGACGGCCGUCUGGACCACGGGGAGAUUGAAAUUUUCUGCAGGGAGUUGUUACGCAGACCAGAGCUUGAUGCUGUGUUUAUCCGCUACUCUGCAAAUGGCUGCGUACUCUCCACUGUGGACCUGAGGGACUUCUUGAAGGACCAGGGGGAGGAUGCUUCACUCAUUCAUGCCCAAAGCCUCAUACUCACAUAUGAACUUAAUGAGUGGGCCCAGAAGAAUCAGUUCAUGACCCCCAAUGGCUUCACCAUGUACAUGCUGUCUAAGGAGAACUGUGUCCUCAACCCGGAACAUGCAAGAGUUUUCCAAGACAUGAAACACCCACUGGCACACUACUUCAUCUCCUCUUCCCAUAACACGUACCUCACUAAGGACCAGCUGACUGGGGAGAGCAGCACAGAGCCAUAUAUCCGGGCUCUGAGUCGUGGGUGUCGCUGUGUGGAGCUGGACUGUUGGGAUGGAGAUAAAGGAGAGCCAGUCAUCUACCAUGGACACACACUCACCUCCAAAAUACCCUUUGUUGAAGUCAUUGAGACUAUCAAUGAGUAUGCUUUUAAAGCAUCUCCUUACCCUUUAAUCCUGUCUUUGGAGAAUCACUGCUCUGUGGAACAGCAGGCAGUAAUGGCUCGACAUCUGCGAUCCAUCCUGGGAGACAAGUUGCUUACCAAGCCCCUCAAUGGUCUGGAUUCUCACAACCUGCCUUCUCCGGAGGAUCUCAAAGGGAAAAUCCUUGUGAAGGGGAAGAAGGAUCGUGUGGUGGAGGAGUGCUCGUCUAGCCUUUCAGACCUCAGCUCCUCAGAUGAGGAGGCUGGCCGGACCGAAGGCAAACCUCCCCUGAGAAAAGAGGACAAAAAGCCAAGUGUGUCUAAGCUGAGUCCAGAGCUGUCAGAGCUGGUUGUGUACACCCGCAGUGUUCCUUUUAAAAGCUUUGAACAAGCUGCAAAAAACCCAGCGACUGAAAUGUCCUCUUUCUCUGAAAGUGAAGCUCUCAGGUACAUUAAGGACUCAGGGAUGUAUUUUGUGCGUCACAACAGUCACCAGCUCAGCAGGAUCUACCCCUCAGGACAGCGCCUGCAGUCCUCCAACUACAACCCUCAGGAGAUGUGGAAUGGAGGCUGUCAGAUUGUUGCUUUGAACUUCCAAACACCUGGUGAGCAGAUGGACCUAAACCAAGGAAGGUUCCUGCAAAAUGGUCAGUGUGGAUACGUCCUGAAACCUCCUUUUAUGUGCCAGCUUGACACCACGUUCAACCCAGAGAAUGUUGGUGGAGGUCCUGGCCACAAACCUGCACUGCUCACUGUUCGGGUUAUUUCAGCUCAACAGCUCCCCAAACCAGAAUGGGACAAGCCCAGCUCCAUUGUAGACCCUCAGGUGUGGGUAGAAAUAUAUGGUGUUCCUAUCGACAACAAUAAGAAGAAAACUCAUUAUGUUGACAACAAUGGCUUUAACCCACGAUGGGACUGUACAUUUAACUUCACCAUCCAUGUACCUGACCUGGCUCUGGUUCGCUUCAAGGUGGAAGACCAUGACUAUACGUCAAGCAAUGACUUCCUAGGGCAAUACACCAUUCCUUUCACCAGCCUCCGGACAGGUUAUCGUCAUGUCCGGCUGCUCAAGCUGGAUGGCUCCAGCCUUUCACCUGCCUCUCUCUUCAUCCAUGUCACGGUCACCCCCUGUCAGAGCAGUCCCAACAAAUCAUCAGCAAGAUCACCUGCCAGGCCACUGACCAAGUCUUCAGCCAAGGAACCCUAAUCCCCUAUAUCCCCCUAGCAACAUGAAGCAUUGAAGCCACUAUGGAAUGGUCACAUAACAUAGCAAAAAUAGAGAUCAAUCAGGGAGAGAAAUAAUGUCACAGAUAAACCAAAUGUCAGUUUUGAGUGAUUGGUUGGUUUAACUGCACCCCCAGCAGUAUUCUCUCAAACCAAAUGUAAUAAUCACUGUGACUGGUAGAUACUUGAAACCAGAACUUUUUUUAAAUUCCUCAUUUAAUGGGGUUUAAUUCUUAGAGCAGCUUAAUGACCACCCAUCCAUCCUGUUAUAAGAAUCUAUAACACCAAAAAUUUGGUGCUAGAUAUUGUCUCUACAUUUUUAACUUAUUAGCUAAUCCCAAAAGUGGUUAAGUCUGAUGCUUUAUGCAGGAAGGAGUUUUUUAUAAACUACAUAUUUCUUAUUUUUGUGUCUUAUUUAAUAGUCUAAAAUGUUUGUUGGUAUAUGAUUUGAAGAUUACUUGAGAAGGUCUACAUCCAAAGUGUAGAUUUUAUGUGCAACAGCCAUCUUCUAUGAAGUGUUGAAGGACAGAUUCAGUUUUUAAUGUCAAUGUUAAAACAAACAAUGAUAUGUAAUAUAAUUUGAAGAUUACUUGAGAAGGUUAGAAAGCCUACAUCCUAAGUGUAGAUUUUAUUUGCAACAGCCAUCUUCUAUGAAGUGUUAAAGGACAGGGUCAGCUUUUUAAAGUCAAUUUUAAAACAAACCUCAGAUGUAAUAUGUCCAUUGAAAGAGCUAUUGGUAAUUGACAUUCAUUUUUCAUCUUCUGAAACCAACAAUUCAACUUCAAAAUUGUGCUAAAGUGAGAAAGUGGGCAGGACUAUGACUUCUCUCCAGAGGUUUCCAUCAACUACGCUGUAUUACUUGUGUGUAACAACAGUCUGAAAGUAUAUGCUCAUUAUUAUUAUUAGAACUUUUACUAUAAUCAUGUCUUGGCCCUCACUAUAAUGACAGGCUUCUCACCCCAUCUCCAAAUGUGGCCAUAUCGAACAGCUAUAAACAUUUCUAGCUUAAGUUUGGUUUAAGAACACUAUACAUAUUUUCUAUUUUUGAGCCUAUCCCAGCUUUGAAAUACCAGGCUUUCAGACUAAACACUGAAAUGCACAAAAAAAUGUGCAAGGGGUUGCAUUGGUGGGAGCCUGUUGUUUCAGGUAUCACUGAGAUGAUGAAAUGCAAUCCCGAAGGGCUAGUUUGACUUCACAUGAGUGUGAAUCCUUAAGCCAUGCUUAAUGCUGUGCAGUGGAUUAUAAUACACUGCGUGAUGAUUUUACAUCACUGGGAAGUUAUCAGCCAUUUUAUGUUCUGCCUUGACUGGGAAGGUAAAUUGUACCUUAUGUUUAAGUAAUAUACCUGGAAUGUGCACUGGGGACUAAGCCAAGGUAAACGUUUACUGCCUGACAAUGCUGUGCCAAUGGUGACUUCACUGAAUUAAAUGUGGGGCUGCAGUUUUUUUUAAAUGUUUAUCAAGGAUCAAGGAACUUUGUCAUACCAGGACAUUUGC